AUGGCACCGAAUAGCCAUAAUCCUGGCGAUCAUGACAGCCCCUCCUCGAGCCAGAUCCCACUGCAGGAUCUCUCGAGGCCAGAUGGCCCCGCAGAGGAGCGCGGUAGAGGUCGCGCCAACAGCGCGGGGGCGGGAUCUUUUCACGACGAGGAAUCACCGAUUGACACGGUGUACGCGAGCAGGAAUCCAUUCCGGGUUCCCCCUGAUGCGCGCGAUGAGGAGGCUGACCACCACGAUCUCGGGGAACUUGCUCAAGCAAUGUCGUUCGGCCUAAGCUUCGACGAGCCGUAUUCGCGAUCUUCAUUAUCAGGCCCCUCGGCUAUGCACGGUUACCACGAUGGCCUCGACAAUGUGCCUUUGGAUGAGUACCCUUCUCACGAACCCGACUUUCACCCACCUCCGACGGACGCGGAGGACGAUACCGCACGAUUGACGGAUCCUCGAUGGCUACAACCGAUCAGUGGCGUCUCCGCUUCGGACAGGGAGAGGCGUCUCAGCGAUGCCGAUUCCGCAGGCGGCUCCCGGCUCGGUGACGAUCUACCUCAUCUAGAGGAGGGUCUGGGACGUGGGAGUGGGAAUAGUGCUAGAUCUCGGUCCUUAUCGCCUUCUUCAGCUUCCGGAGGAGCUCUACAGCGUGCAAGCUCGAUGGUCAAAUCAAUGUCGCAACGUGUGGUCAACCUGAGUAAUGAACCUGAAGUCGUCCAACAGUCGAUCGAAAGGGAGGAGUCGAAUAAGAACGCAAGGAUGGAUGGGCCUCCAAUACUCCCCGCAAUGAUGGACAUUGGGAAUGAGCCUGGUGCAGAAGCCCAACGAGCGAGAGAGAAGCGGAACUCGUCCAGAAUGUGGAAACAUCGAAACAACCCAUUCCGAGGCAGGUCACUCGGGAUUCUGGGUCCGAAUAAUCCGCUCCGCCUCUGGCUGUGCGAUAUCCUCGUUCAUCCGUUCAUGGAACCCUUUGUGCUGGUCAUCAUCAUCAUCCAGACCAUUCUACUCAUUGUGGAAUCCUCCAAGUCAGUGUUCAACCGAACCCCCGCUGUGCGAUGGGCCUCUACUCCCUUGGAUUGGGUAUUCCUCCUCAUCUUUUUCAUCUAUACCCUCGAAAUUUCGGCGAAAAUUCUGGUUUCUGGUUUUAUUUUCAACCCGUCGGAAUACAGUACUCUGAAUCGGUCACUAGGCAUCCGGAAAGCGGUUGCAGAGAAGGGCAGGAACCUCAUUACUCCUCACCGACAGAUGACCGCCAAAAAAGUGUCAUUUGUACAGUCAGAACCCCAGUCAUCCAUCAUUCGCACAUUUACCGGAAUGAAUGGAUUGGAUGCCGAUUCAUAUGACGAUCCUCUGCACAAGCGCCGUGUAAUUUUACGGAGUUUGAAACGGGCUGCACCUCUUCUAGUUCAUGUUGCAUUUCUCAUCGGCUUUUUCUGGCUGCUUUUCGCCAUUGUCGGCAUCCAAAGCUUCAAGUCGAGUUUCAGGAGAAAUUGUGUCUGGGUUGAUCCAGAGAAUCAGUCGAACUUCACCCAAAAUGAUCCUUACGGUUCCUUACAAUUUUGCGGAGGGUAUCUCGACAAUGUCACAAACGAGAAAAGGCCAUGGAUCAACACCUUGAGCAAUCCUGCACAGUCUCCCAGGGCGAAAGGGUACAUAUGCCCCAAAGGCUCCCUCUGCAUCGAAGGCGACAACCCUUACAAUGGAACCAUGAGCUUUGACAACAUUGUGCAAUCGCUAGAACUGGUUUUUGUAAUCAUGAGCUCUAAUACCUUUACCGAUCUGCUCUAUUACACCACCGACAGUGACUACCUCGCGGCAGCUCUUUUCUUUGCUUGUGGCUUGGUUCUCCUGGGUCUCUGGCUCGUCAAUUUGCUGGUUGCGGUCAUUACCCACUCUUUCCAAGUUAUCCGAGAAGAGAGCAAACGAAGUGCUUUCGCGGUUCAACAGAUCGAUGAGGUUGAAGACGGGGAUGCCUCAAAUCGCAGAAUCAGCGGACUAAAGCUACUUUAUGACAAGACUUAUUGGCUUUGGAUUCUCAUCAUAAUCGUUGAUCUCGUCAUACAGGCCUUGAGGAGCAACACUAUGUCUGAAGAUCGACGUAUCUUCAUUGAUACCUCAGAGACUAUCUUCACGCUCAUCUUCCUUGUAGAAAUUGUCCUCCGAUUUGCCUCGGACUGGCGCGUUUUCCAUCGGAGCCGUCGCAAUUGGUUCGAUACCUUCCUUGUCGUCAUUACAUGCAUCAUCCAGAUACCCGUGAUCCAUCAAUCUGGUCGUCCUUACACCGUUCUCACGCUCUUCCAAAUAUUGCGGGUGUACCGUGUUGUCCUUGCGUUCCCAGUCACAAGAAAGCUGAUCAUGAUUGUUUUCCGCAACGUCGUCGGUCUGCUCAACCUGAUCUUCUUCUUGUUCCUGAUCACAUUUUUGGCGGCCAUUUUCGCGACCCAACUUUUCCGCAGCCAAAUUCCCCCGAACAACCCAGAUGGAGACUCCAUUAGCAUCACAUUUGCUGAUAUCUAUAACUCUUUCCUUGGAAUGUAUCAAAUCCUGUCGAGUGAAAACUGGACAGAGAUUCUGUACGACGCCACCGCUUACACCGUCAAUUUCAAUACUGGAUGGAUUUCGGCCGCGUUCUUCAUUCUGUGGUUCAUUGUCGCUAACUUCAUCAUCUUGAACAUGUUCAUUGCUGUCAUUCAAGAGAGUUUCGAUGUCUCUGAGGACGAGAAGCGACUGCAACAGGUUCGAGCAUUUUUGGAGCAGAGAAACACUUCGGGAGCGGCCCAAAGCAAUCUGGCGCUUUCAAAGAUCCUCCGACUGGGCCGGGACAACGACCGUUACAAGGACCCACUCGACCACGCCCCUGCAGCGCUGGAAAUGUUGUUGAAAGACGCCGUUGUUCGUGAAUUCCUCAACGAGGAGGAUGGAGACGAAAAAGCGGAAGGAGAAGGUGGACAGGGACCGAGAAAUCCCCGCAGAGCCAGUGGAGUCCAUGAUGAGACAGCAGCGGAAGCUGUCCAGCCAGGCGCACUUUCGCGGUUAUGGACCAGGGUCACUUCUCUGGUUAUGGGCCGGGAGCCGAACCCAUUCUAUGCCAAGCUUCAAUUUUCUCGGGCAUACGAAGACCUCGAUCCCAGGACUAUGGCCAAAGAGGUGGUGUCGGCAGAAGCGGCGAGAAAGAAAGCCCAGCGAGAGUAUCUUGUGAAACACCCGAACUACAACAAAUCGUUGUACAUGUUUCAUCCAACCCACCCCGUUCGCAGGCUCUGUCAGCGGAUCGUGGGACCUGGACGUGGCCACCAGCGCGUCGAGGGUGUGGACCCGUACAAACCCCUGUGGUAUUCUUUCUCGGCAUUUAUCUAUGCUGCGAUUGUGGCCAUGGUACUGCUCGCCUGUAUCACCACACCGCUGUACCAGCGAGAAUAUUUCCGCACGAAUCGCAAUUGGUUCGUCUACACAGAUAUGAGCUUUGCCAUUGUGUUCACCUUCGAGGCCGCUAUCAAGGUCAUCGCCGAUGGAUUUUUCUGGACCCCAAAUGCGUACUUCCGCAGCUCAUGGGGCUUCAUUGACGGAGUUGUGUUACUCACACUUUGGAUCAAUGUCGGCGGUUCGUUGCAGAAGGACUGGAGCGUGUCUAGAGGAAUUGGUGCCUUCAAGGCACUGCGUGCCCUGCGACUUUUAAACGUCAGUGAUAAUGCCAAAGACACUUUCCACUCGGUCAUCAUCGUCGGUGGUUGGAAAGUCAUUUCCGCCGCAGCUGUUUCGAUGAGUUUCCUGAUACCUUUCGCAAUUUACGGCGUCAACCUGUUCAAUGGGCAGAUGGUGUCAUGCAACGACGAUGAUUUCUCUGGCAGCCUGACUGACUGCGUCAACGAAUAUGCCAGCUCGCCGUACAACUGGGAUGUACUUGCCCCACGAGUCGCAACAAACCCUUACUACGACUUUGAUAACUUCGGUGAUUCGUUGUUCAUUCUUUUCCAGAUUGUAUCUCAAGAAGGCUGGGUCGACGUUCAGAGCAGCGCCAUGCAAAUCACCGGUGUCGGUACCCAACCAGAAGAUGGAGCUGCACCGGAGAAUGGAUUGUUCUUCGUUGUCUUCAACUUGCUUGGAGCAGUGUUCGUCUUGACCUUGUUUGUGUCUGUUUUCAUGCGUAACUACACAGAACAAACUGGUGUGGCCUUCCUGACUGCUGAACAACGUUCAUGGUUAGAAUUGCGGAAGCUGUUGCGACAGAUCUCGCCGUCCAAGCGGUCAUUCAGUGAGAGGAGCGCGAAAUGGCGGCGAUGGUGCUACCGAAUUGCGGUCAAAAAGCAUGGACGAUGGGCACGUUUCGUGACUUGUAUUCUUGUUAUACAUUUGCUGCUCCUGGUUCUGGAAUACUACCCCGAGCCGCUGUGGUGGGAGCAAACCCGAGCCAUUUUGUUUUUUAUCUUCAUGUUCGUUUACCUAGCAAACGUGCUGAUUCGCUUGCUUGGUCUUGGAUGGCACCGAUUCAGCCGCAGCUCCUGGGAUUUGUACUCCAUCCUGGCUGUUCCUGGCGCCUUUGUCACGACGAUCUUGGAUAUUUCUUACCAAACACAAGUGGUACUGGAAUUAAACAAGCUGUUUCUGGUCGCCAUCACGUUGCUGCUUAUCCCACGCAAUAAUCAGCUUGACCAGCUCUUCAAGACCGCCGCAGCUAGUCUACCUGUGAUUGGAAACCUGCUCGCCACCUGGUUCGUCCUGUUCCUGGUGUUUGGCAUUGCCAUGAACCAAGCUUUCGGCCUUACCAAGUUCGGCGGCAACGAGGACCACAACAUCAAUUUCCGAGACUUGCCGAAAUCUCUGAUUCUGCUCUUCCGGUGCAGUUGUGGAGAGGGAUGGAAUGAGAUUAUGGAGGACUUUGCCACCAUGGUUCCUCCUGUCUGCACCUACAACUCCAAUUUCUUUGACGACGACUGCGGUAGCGCCGCUUGGGCCCGCUCUCUCUUCAUCGCUUGGAAUUUGAUCAGUAUGUACAUCUUUGUUUCGCUGUUCGUGUCCCUCAUUUUCGAGAGUUUCUCGUACGUCUAUCAGCGAAGCAGUGGACUGUACGCCCUGAGCCGUGAGGAGAUUCGCCGUUUCAAACAGGCUUGGGCCACCUAUGACCCAGAUGGAUCGGGUUUCAUCUCCAAGGAACAAUUCCCGCGUCUGCUUGGAGAACUGACUGGUAUCUUUGCCAUGCGGGUCUACGACGGCGAGUUCACCGUUGGCGCUAUUCUGGAACAGUGUCGAUCUACACCUCGGGAUUCGGUGCAUUCGCUGCACAGCUCGCUUCCUAUGCGAUCUCGGGAGACAUUGAGCCUCCGGGACUCCUUGAAUCCUUUGCAACCGCCCGACCUUGCAGAAGGAAUUGAUAUCGAGAAGCUUUCUCGGAUUGUCGACCGCAUCCCAGUGGAUAUCAUCCGCGAGCGGCGCCAGCGCCUCAACACCUUCUAUGAGGAAGUCCUCGUUUCGGCAGACCCAGACCGUGGCAUCUCAUUCCACCAGUGUCUGAUGAUCCUUGCUCAUUACAAUGUCAUCAGCGACAGCAAGAGCUUACGCCUGGAAGAAUUCUUGCGCCGCCGCGCGCGCCUUCAACGCGUUCAGGAGGCCGUCCGCCGCAAUACUGUCAUUGGCUUCUUCGACACGCUGUACUGGUCUCGUGAAUUCCGGCGGGCCGUCGAGCGCAAGAAGUCCAGUCGCAUGACGGACAUUCCCCAAUUUUCUGUCCCGGAGAUUUUCGUCGAUGAAGGCGACGAGUCCGAGGAGGUGCCCACGGGCGUCAUGACACCGCAAACCCAGCCGGACCCCGAGUCUCCGUUCGCCCCUAUGCUCUCGCCGACGUCCACCUCCCACCGACGGGCCGAGUCGAGUCCCACUGGUCGCCGCACCGAUCUCCCUCGUCUGGACACCAGCCUCACGGGCCGAUCGUCUGGCGCCAGCACGCCGACCGAGUGGGCUAGUUUUAGUCCCGCGCGCACCCCGCGUCGCAUGUAUGGCGAGCGGUUAUCUUUCGAUAUAGAUGAGCGUCGCGACUCGGCGACAUCUUCCUCGGCCAGCGGAGACCAGUCCCGCCAGAACAGCGCGAUGAGCGUGCGGGAUGUCAUGAACUCGCUGGAUAACUCCGCCUGGGGUGAGAGUAUCCGGCGAAGCUUCACCCAACGGCGGUCGGGUGAUCGAUCUGCUGAAUAG